GGGUGUCUAGCAACAGCUACCAGCCCAGACAACCGGCGGCCACGGGAGCGGUGUUUUUCAGUGCCUUUUAACGAUAUUCUACCGCCGGUUUGUCGUAUUUUCGAGCAUUUUAGCAGCAGCAGAAGGAGCGUCAGCCGUGAUCCCUGCACAGAGAUAUGAGCGGCAGCGGGCGGGCGAGGACCAGCUCGUUUGCUGAGCCGCCUGGAGUCCCCGGCGCCGCCGCCGCUGCUGUGGGGAGCAGCUCAGGAAAGUCCGGGGUCCCACAGGCCUCCGGUGGCAGCUCAGCAGGAUGCGCCAACCUCAAACUGUCCAGAGACAGCGGCAAAGUGACGACAGUUGUGGCCACUCCGGGACAGGGCCCAGACCGCCCACAGGAAGUGUCCUACACCGACAUCAAGGUGAUCGGGAAUGGCUCCUUUGGCGUCGUGUACCAGGCUCGACUCAUCGACAGCCAGGAGAUGGUCGCAAUUAAGAAGGUUUUACAGGACAAAAGGUUUAAGAAUCGAGAACUACAGAUUAUGAGGAAGCUGGACCACUGCAAUAUCGUCAGACUACGUUACUUCUUCUACUCCAGCGGGGAGAAGAAAGAUGAAGUGUACCUCAAUCUCGUGCUGGAUUUUGUCCCUGAGACGGUGUACCGAGUGGCACGGCAGUUUAACAAGGCCAAGAGCAUCAUCCCUAUUAUUUAUGUGAAGGUGUACAUGUACCAGUUGUUUCGCAGCCUGGCGUACAUCCACUCUCAGGGCGUGUGCCACAGAGACAUCAAGCCCCAGAACCUGCUCGUCGACCCGGAGACCGCCGUCCUCAAGCUCUGUGACUUCGGCAGUGCUAAACAGCUGGUGCGUGGAGAGCCUAACGUGUCAUACAUCUGCUCCCGGUACUACCGCGCUCCGGAGCUCAUCUUCGGAGCCACAGACUACACGGCCAACAUCGACAUCUGGUCGGCCGGCUGUGUGCUCGCGGAGCUGCUGCUGGGACAGCCCAUCUUCCCCGGGGACAGCGGAGUGGACCAGCUCGUGGAGAUCAUCAAGGUUUUGGGAACUCCCACCAGAGAACAGAUCCGUGAAAUGAACCCAAACUACACAGAAUUCAAGUUUCCUCAGAUCAAAGCUCAUCCAUGGACCAAGGUGUUUAAACCGCGCACGCCGCCCGAGGCCAUCGCUCUGUGCUCUCGUCUGUUGGAGUACACUCCAGCCUCGCGUCUCUCUCCGUUAGAGGCCUGUUCUCACGCCUUCUUUGACGAGCUGCGUCUGCCCAACACCCGUCUGCCCAGCGGCCGAGAACUGCCCCCCCUCUUCAACUUCAGCACCGCAGAGCUCUCGAUCCAGCCUCAGCUGAACUCCACUCUGAUCCCUCCUCACGCUCGCUCUCACACGGUCUCCUCCGCCCACGGUAACCACGAUGGCAGCGGUUCGGACUCGUCUCAGCACAGCUCAGUCCAGGGCUCUCUGAACAGCAUCUGACCCCUUCACCCCUCCCUUCCUCUCUUUCUCUUCCUCUCUUCUUUUCUCUCUCUCCCUCUCUCUCUCUGUCUCUCUUCUUUUCUCCCUCUCUCCCUUCUCCUCCUCCUGUCAGACACACUCACUCACUCCUGUCCCCGAGCCCGCGCUGCUCCUCUUCUGUUGGUCCCGUCUCAUCUUUCUGUGAACGCAUUGAGCCCUCCGUCAGCAGGGGGCGCUCACACGUUUUUACCUCAGUGCUGCCUCAGUGGGAAGUGAAGGUUCAGGGGCUGGUCCUCUUCUUAAAUAGACUCUUUUUAAUCUUUUAAAUUUUUGUCGUGUUUUAUUUAUUUGUUACUUUAAAAUGUCAUCAUGGGCUCUCGACAUGGUGCUUUAAGCUUUUCAGAUUAUAUUUUUAAUAAUGUUUUCUGUUUAAUUUUAUUUUGAUUCCCUGUUUUUGUCGUUUUUUGGAGGUUGGGCUGUGCACUGCCUGAACAGAAUUUGCCCCAUGUUGGAGAUCAGGGUAAAUGAAAAAUCCAUCUCAGGACAACACACUCCCUGAAAUCCCCUUUGAUCAUUUCUGUGGCUUUAAGAGAAAACAUGUUCUAGCUGGCCGUGAAAUCAUAACAGUUUUAAGACUAAAAUUAACCCACAAAUGUAUAACUGCUAAUCUUAAUCCGAUAUCAAAAUCCAGUGAGCAAAGACGAAGAGCUCUUAAGGCGUUUGGUGUGUAUUAUUAUUGGUACAUUCCUUCUUUUCGAUGCUUUUUCUAACAGACAGACACUCGGUAAUUGGAUGCAACAUUUGUUCAGUAAGAAUGAAAACCCCAAUAUAAAGUACGGUACCUACAGCUUGAAUGUAGAAAUAUGUUUAAUCCGGCUUUCUGGCAUUUUAAAAGACCUGCAAAGCUUUUAGGUAAAGACUAGGUCAGAUAUCUCAUGUAACCUGCUUAACCAUAGACUAACAACAGAAAUGAAAUCACUCUAAUACUUAUACUAGUCACAGCUCGCUGUAACCUUAGUCCUGCCUCAGCAGCAAAACGAUGUAAAGCAAAGAGAAGAGUUUGGGAAAAACCAUUGAGGCUGAUGAUGUUAUUACCACAAAAUGAAAUCCUUUUAUCUUUUAAACCUUGAUAAUGUCUGUGGUAAAUAUUUUAUUUUCCUAGAAAAAAAAAACACAAUGAGAUGGUAUGUUGAUUUCUUAAUGUCUGGCUUAUAUUGAAACUUUGUGUUGGGGAAUUUUAAAGUGAAAUUUUAAGUGGACACGGGUCUGUUUGUCCAAAUUAUGUCAACAUCUGUCGUGUAAAGGACAAAGAUGAAAUCAAAUGAUAAACUAGCAUCAGUACUGACAGGGAUAUUAGCACUGAGAUUCUUGUCCUGGUGUUUUUAGAAAAAUAUUCAAAUUAACGUUGUAAAACAUAAUGUGAAAGUGAUCAACAGCAGAUAACUAUUAGAAGAAGGGCAUUUGGUGUUUGUCAGAAUAGUUCUUGAGUAUGUUUAUUUCAUCGUUUUCAAUGAGCCUUUGCAGUAGCCAUAGAGACAACGGUUAUUGUGCUCCUAUAUUGUGACCACAGUUUGAGAUUUCGCUGUUUUGUGCAGAAAUGAUUAUGAUACUUUCUCUUUAUUGCUACCAGGGCCUUCAUCAGUGAUCCUCAUGGCAAACUAAAUGUGAGCAUCUGAAACCGUUUUAGACAUUUGUACAUUUCGGGACCACUUGAAUCAUGUCUUCACCUCCUCUGGCGUCUGGUUUCGGCGUCCGCUUUUGGGACUUGCAUUUUAACAGCCCUCGAAUGUAUUUUGUCCCUUUUGUCUAUCCGACCAUUAUCCAAUCUCCAGUCUGCAGCUUGUGUCUUAGUCUAGAGCAGCCUACAAUAACAACUCUAGUCCCGCUCAGUACAGACCACUUGAAAGUUUGUAGUAUAGUAUAUUUGAUACAACUGUUCCAACUGCCAUCAUCUUUGUUUUUGCGAUCUUUAUUUUAUACAAGUCAAGGGCUGCGUUCGGCCUUGAUGCAAUUUUUUAAUUUACAUUUAAAAUUAAUAUAUUCUCUUUUCUCCCUAUAACCUCUCUCGUUGGGUUGGUUACUGCCAUUAAAACUAAAAAUGAGGAACACCGCGGACGCUUUAGGGUACAGUUUGGUGCUACGAGCUUGCGCAAUUUGUAAAGCAAUGAAAGGCACCGAUUUACCCUCGUCCGCGGAGAAAAACGCAGCUAAUCUGACAAAACGACCACUUUUAAAGAAGCCAUUUUCUCUCUCUCUCACCUCUGCCAGUCUUCUCCAUUGAUUAUCAACGCACAUGUAAAUACCACCGACUUUGAUUUCCUUAUUUUUAUUAUUAUAUUUUAUGGUUUAUAUUACACCCACCUCACUUUUAAGACUUUUACGUUGUGGAUUUUUGUAAAUAAGUUUUUUUUUUUCACAAUACAAAAUGUAAAUACGGCAAAAAAAGGAUAAAAAAUAUUCUGUCAACUUCACAUGUGUUGAUAGUUCUUCUCGCUCUUCCUCUUUCUCAAUAGUGGAUAGUGAUUUUGCCAUAACUACUGUACUACUAUUACUACUACUAUUACUACUACUAGAGUUUGUGGAAGAUAGUCACCGUUAAAACAGAAAGUGGUGCCCCUGUACUUUGACUGAACAGUAUAAAGACAACUGUAAUAGCGCUAUAAGUUGAGUACUGUAAUUCUUUUUAUUAAAUCUGUCAUGAAGUGUUGGCUCUGAUUGCACUCUCAAUUGUGAUUUUAUAUGAUUUUGCUAUUCCAGUUGUCGACAGCAGGGGGAGUACAGGGAGCACGCAUUACUCACUCAGUCAUUGCGCAUACAAGACUGUUACUUUCAAACCAGUAGUGUUGUAAAAUAUCCUGUGUGUUUCAUUUUUCUGGUUUUGGUCUCGCUUUUCACAAAUUAAGGAAGAGGGAGCGGGAGAAGGCCCAAGUGUCUGUCCGUUCUGUGUGCGUACGAUAUCGGCUCAUUUACUGGAAUAAAGUGAUGAAACUGUGA